UCCAAUCUUUACAUAGAGAUACGCACGCACACACAGACACAUGUAGCACGUUCGGAAAUGUCAUUCUAACAGCGAUGACGAGGUGAUUACCCAGGGUGGCUCCAGCGGUUGUACAGUCAGCCAGAAAGCAAACGAACAGUCAAUUGAACUGGCGUAGCAUUAGCUGUGCUGGGAGCCAGACGUCGAUUCAUCAAUUUUGCAGCUUCUAGUGUAAAGAAGACUAUCGUCAGUCAAGUGCCGAGUGCCGCCGUCCGCGGCAGUUUGUACACACAUCUGCCUAGCAUAAAGGGGCGCCAUCGUAUAUGUUAUUGAUCAGUUUACUUGAGGCUCAAGUUGACAGAUACAGGAAUAUUAUGGCGAACCAUAAUUCUGGAACUCAAUGACGUUUACUGGAAUCCUUGCUGAUGAAAUAUACUGCUUUAUGAUUUACAAUUUGUAUCGCGUAUGCUGUGCUCUACUCUAUGGAUACCCACAAUUCUUACUGCAGUCUGCUUCCAUCGUAGAGAGAAACACGCAAGCAAGUUUUAAACAAGAUGUCCGACUUGAAGGAACUAGAUGAUAUCGACGAAAAGUCGAAACUAAACACCGAGGGUGACAACGCAAAGAUAAAAUUUCAGACGUCGAAUAAUGGGGAAGCCAAACUUGAGAUGCCGGACUCAGGAAAUGUUAGCUAUCAGUGCGGGUUGACGAAGGAAGAGUUAAUGAGGUAUGCGAAUGACCCGUUCUGGAUAGCUAUGCGUCGUAUCUUCUUCGUCCUGUUUUGGCUGCUUUGGACUGCCAUGUUGGUAGGCGCAGUGGCAAUCAUCAUUAUGACUCCAGGCUGUGCCAAGCCCGAAGAGCCCGAAUGGUACGAAACAUCGUCUGUCUACGAAUUACGUGUGGACGAGUUCAAAGAUGGGGAUGGCGAUCAAAAGUCUGAUCUGGCCGGUGUCAAAGAAAAGCUUUCGUAUUUUGAAGAAAUUUCAGUCUCUGCGAUUGUCCUCGACGGCCUGUACGAUAAGAAUUCUCCGAAGAUUAUCCGACCCAAUCUUGGCUCUUUUCUCGAUAUUGCGGAGAUCGCUAAGGCUCAAAAGAUCCUGCUUAAGAUUCCGAUGUCGCAGGUCGACCUUACCACCGAAGAGAAACAGGGCGAGUUCGUCGAUGUGCUCGAUUUCUGGUUAGGCAAAGGUGUCGCAGGCUUUGUCUUCGAUGAAAUUGAGUUACUGCCGAACAGUUUAGACCUGAAAAAACUGACUCAACAGUGGUAUGAUAGCGUCAGCAGAUUUAACCCAGAAGAUUUUCCACGAGUUAGUAUCCUCUCGUCAUAUAAGCCGCUGGACGAACUUGAAUUAUGUAACCAGACACACAUGGUGCUCAACUAUAAACCACUCGUCCUUGGCAGGAACUACAAACCACAAGAUCUGCUGCAUGUCCUUGAGUCGACAGCUAAGAAAAAUAGGACGAGAUUAUGUCGUUCGAACCUUGUCCUUGGCAAUGGUGACAUUAAACCGUUGACAACUCGGCUAGAACAGGCAGAGCGCGAUCGUUUACUCAUCUUCUCGCUGUUAGCUGACGCAACUCCGUUUCUUUACUUUGGCGACGAGUAUGGGAAAAAUGAUGAGAAUCUGCCAGAUGAACUUCAACGUAACCAUGGGAAAACCCCGCAGUCAAUGCAAUGGAAAAUCGUAGAAGAUUUUAAAAGUCAAAAAUCGAAUAACUUUUUCCAAGUCUUCACAAAAACCGCAAAGCUACGCAAGGCUGAAUGCUCCAUCCGUAUGGGUGAAACCUCACUCCAGAUCAUAGGUGAAAAUAUUGUAGCCAUGUCGCGAAUCAAGAAAGGCGAUCCAAGCAUUGCCGUCGUGACCAACUUUGGCUCUUCAACCGAACAGGUCGAUAUUACUUCACUCAACGAACGUAUCCCUGAAACGGGCCAAAUUGAAAUUGUUUCAUCCAUUUCCGAUAAGCACAAGCAAAGAGUACUGCUUAAAAAAUUAGAUGUCGGCGCACAGGAGACUAUCGUAAUCCAGUUCGUGCCUAAAUAAAUAGCAUUUUAUGUUCGCUUUAAGUAAAGAUACUCUAAGGAGCUGAUCAACGAUAAUAUGAUAUUGUAUUCUUGUUGCGGUUGACAUUUAACAACAAGUUGUGUUUUGCUGGUUUGCCUUUGAUUUACUACAUAAUGUGUAUACACGUAUUAAUGGUGUAUUUAAAACAAAGCUCGCUUACAAAAGUAAAACUAAGAAAAUAAGAAACAAUUCUAGAACAAAAUAAAAAUGGUUUUUAUUGGCAGCAUA